CCAACCCCCACUGGCGCCGCCCGGGGCUUCCGCCCCGAGACCCGAAGGUCGCCGUUCGGUUCCGGUUCUAGCCCCGCCCUCAGGCGGGAACCCUCUAGAAGUCUUAAUAUCCGGGACCAGAGGCUGGCGCCAGCGCGCAUUUCCGGCGACGGACGCGAAGGAAAGGAUCCGGUGACGCCUCUUCCCGUCUCACUUGCCGCCCAGGCUCCGGCUCUCGGUGCGGCAGCGCCAUCUGGUGCCGAGUCUCUCGCUGCCCGCAGAGGGGGCGCGCGCCUUUCUUUCGGAACCUUCCAGAGAAAACGGGGCCCGGGUUUUCGUCUCUCCCGCCCUCGGGAAGGAGAGCCCGAGUCUCCGCCCUGCCGAGUUCCCGCUUUGGAGGGUAUGAAUUCUGAAGAACAGAAAGAAAAAUGAACAGUCUCAGAGACCUGUAGGACACAUGAGCAUACAAACAUGUAUAUAUCAGGAGCCUUAGAAAGGAGAGAGAUAGAAGAAUGUGUGAGGGACACAGGGAGAAGACAACCAUCUAUGAACCAGGAAGAGAGCCCUCACCGAGAACCAAAUUUACUGGUGCCUUGAUCUUGGACUUUCCAGUCUCCAGAACUGUGCAGUGUGGUGACUUUCCUCAUCUGUUAGUCUAUGGACCAUCAGGUGCUGGAAAAAAGACAAGAAUUAUGUGUAUUCUACGUGAACUUUAUGGUGUGGGAGUGGAAAAAUUGAGAAUUGAACAUCAGACCAUCACAACUCCAUCUAAAAAGAAAAUUGAAAUUAGCACUAUUGCAAGCAAUUACCACCUUGAAGUUAAUCCCAGUGAUGCUGGAAAUAGUGACCGGGUAGUAAUUCAGGAGAUGUUGAAAACAGUGGCACAAUCACAGCAACUUGAAACAAACUCUCAAAAAGAUUUUAAAGUCGUGUUAUUGACAGAAGUUGACAAACUCACUAAAGAUGCUCAGCAUGCCUUGCGCAGAACCAUGGAAAAGUAUAUGUCCACCUGCAGGUUGAUCUUGUGUUGCAAUUCUACGUCAAAAGUGAUACCACCUAUUCGUAGUAGGUGCCUUGCAGUUCGUGUGCCUGCUCCCAGCAUUGAAGAUAUUUGCCAUGUGUUAUCUACUGUGUGCAAGAAGGAAGGUCUAAAUCUUCCUUCACAACUGGCUCAUAGACUUGCAGAGAAGUCCUGCAGAAAUCUCAGAAAAGCCCUGCUUAUGUGUGAAGCCUGCAGAGUGCAACAAUAUCCUUUCACUGCAGAUCAAGAAAUCCCUGAAACAGAUUGGGAGGUGUAUCUGAGGGAGACUGCCAAUGCUAUUGUCAGUCAGCAGACUCCACAGAGGCUCCUUGAAGUUCGUGGGAGACUCUAUGAGCUUCUAACUCAUUGUAUUCCUCCUGAAAUAAUAAUGAAGGGCCUUCUAUCAGAACUUUUACAUAAUUGUGAUGGACAACUGAAAGGGGAAGUGGCCCAGAUGGCAGCUUACUAUGAACAUCGUCUACAGCUGGGUAGCAAAGCCAUUUAUCACUUGGAAGCAUUUGUGGCCAAAUUUAUGGCUCUUUAUAAGAAGUUCAUGGAGGAUGGAUUGGAAGGCAUGAUAUUCUGACAUCUAUCAGUAAUUCUUCCUAAUAUUUCUCAGUAUCAGCAUUUACAUUCAAUUUAUAUUGGAAGAGCUACAGAUUCUUGUGGGGACGACUUUUAAGCUGCCUGCCACUAGACCCAGGAGGAAACUCAAAAGAGCAGAGACGUGUAGCUUGUGAUCUUAUGAAGGUGGCCUCAUGAAAGGUCUCCCAAGGCAGACAGCUACAACUCUUGCUGACCAUAGGCUUUGAUGGAAGAAAUUUUCACAUACUGAGAUGGCAGCUGGAGAUGCAGACAUCACGGUCAUAUUCUAGGAUGGCAGCAGGACAAAGGAAACUUUAAAGAAGAUUUCCUAGAGAUAAAUAUGAAACCUCAGAUACAGAAGAAUUGGCGAAAACCAUUUCAGGUGGUUAGAAUAAGUUGCCAUAGUCCAGACAUGGAGGCAAGGAUGCUGGAAUAAUUCUGUAGAAGCAAUCCAACUUGUGCUUAGGAGCCCAUGGCCUGGAGGUGAUCGGGGGAGAAGAGUCUGGAAAGGUACACCGGAUCAUGAGAGAAGAUAGCAUUAUCAAAGUAAUGAUAAACAGAGAGAGGAAUUGAAGAAAACCUAAGAUGCUGGUAUCAUACAAGUAUGUAUCUGUCAGUGGUUGGUCCCCACCUGCUCAUCUUCUGGGGUUCAUGUCUGCAGCCAGUGGGAGGCCGUUCUUCUGUAUGUUCACUGGCUUCUGCUCUCACCACUUGAGUUGCUUGCCUGCCAAACACCAGUUGCAUUUGCUCACAAACCAGCUGCAAUUAUAAUCAGCCCAGCCAAGCUCAGGGAAUCCACCUGAAGAGGCCAAAGAAGCCACAAGUUACUCCAUCCCUGCGUGAACUGCUAGAAGGCUAGAAUCCUAGCCAUAAAAUGGUAAAUUUUAUCUUAUAUAUGUAUACACCGUAAUUUUAACAAUGAAAAACAAAUU